AUGGAUUCACAGUAUUUGCCUUGGCUUCUGCUCUGUGAGGCUCUCCUUGUGGUCUCUGGCAUGACUUUACCUGGAAGCUUUGUAAUAGAUGUUGAUGGUGGCAAGGAUCAGGAUAUAUUUGACAUAAAUGAUGCUUUGGGACUGAACCUUUUUGAGGGAGACAUUGACCUUGGUGGGAGAGACAGAAGUACCAUUGUUGGCGAUCAAUAUAGAUGGCCUCACGUCGUCCCUUAUGUCCUUGGAGAUAGUCUGGAAAUGAAUGCUAAAGGAGUUAUCCUGCAAGCAUUUGAACGGUACCGCUUGAAAUCCUGCAUCGACUUUAAACCAUGGGAAGGAGAAGAUAAUUAUAUUUUCGUGUUCAAAGGAAGAGGGUGCUCUUCUUCAGUAGGAAAUGAGCGUGUUGGCCAGCAGACCCUUUCCAUAGGAAGAGGCUGUGACGUAAUAGGUGCAGUUCAACAUGAGUUCCUACAUGCCCUGGGAUUCUGGCAUGAGCAGUCCCGUCCAGAUCGAGAUGACUAUAUUAUAAUAAUGAAUGACAGAAUUUUGCCAGCUCAGUGGUACAAUUUCUUCAUUCGUGAUGACGCUUCAUCAAACUCCCUGGGUGUUCCCUAUGACUACACAUCUGUGAUGCACUACAGCAAAAACGCCUUCCGAAAAGGCACAGAACCAACAAUUAUAACCAAAAUCCCUAAGUUCCUUGAUGUGAUUGGACAACGUAUGGAUUUAAGUAAUUAUGACGUUGAAAAAUUGAAUAAACUCUACAACUGCUCUUCUUCCAAAACCUUUUUGGAUUCAUGUGAUUUUGAACUGGAAAAUAUCUGUGGAAUGAUUCAAAGCUCAGAAGAUAAUGGUGACUGGCAGAGAGUUUCACAGGUGCCUGGUGGGCCUGACACUGAUCAAUCAUAUCUGGGCAAGUGCAGAGGCUGUGGUUUCUUUAUGCACUUCAACAGAAGCUCUGUGAAUGCUGGGGAAAAGGCAAUCCUGGAAAGCCGCAUAUUUCAUCCCAAGAGAGCGUUUCAGUGCUUGCAGUUUUAUUACUACAACAGCGGUAACAAAGAUGAUCAGCUCAAGAUCUAUGUCAAGGAGUAUACCUCAGAACAUGAUAAUGGCUCUCUUACUCUGGUGGAUAAAGUAAAAGAUCAACCCAUUGGAACCUGGCAACUCUAUCAUGUACCAUUGGCAGUUUCCACCAAAUUCAGGGUGGUAUUUGAAGGAACUCGAGGUGUUGGCACAUCAGCUGGUGGUCUCUCCAUUGAUGACCUCAACCUUUCAGAAACACGCUGUCCUCAUCACCUUUGGAAGAUAAGCAAUUUCACACAACUCGUUAGCUCAAGGGGAAGCAUUGUUAGCCCUCCAUUUUAUUCUCCUACUGGCUAUGCCUUUCAAAUUUUGUUGGAUUUAAAUAAUCAGACUAAGAUAGGGAUAUAUUUCUUCCUGAUCUCUGGAGCCAAUGAUGAACAAUUACAGUGGCCAUGUCCAUGGCAACAAGCCACAAUGACGCUAUUGGAUCAAGAUCCUGAUAUUCGUCAGCGCAUGUCCAACCAGAGGAGUGUGACUACAGAUCCAUCUAAAAAAAUUGAUAAUGAAAAUGGAACCUUUUUUUGGGACAAGCCCUCCAAAGUAGGAGAGACGGCAACUUUCCCUAAUGGAACGUCAUAUAGCAGAGGUCGAAGAUAUGGAACCAGUCACUACAUAACUCACCAAAGGAUGCGAAUCAGAGAUUUUGUCAAAGGAGAUAAUAUUUAUGUGCUUCUGACUGUGGAAGAUAUAUCGCAUCUCCUUUUCACUGAGCCGUCAUCUAUCCCUACGACGGAGCCAGUGCCUCCAUCAAAACCUAACAUAAGUGUCUGUGAAGGAUUCACCUGUGAGAGUGAUGGUAUCUGUGUUGUCCGCAAUAACAAACCAGAAUGCAGGUGUCAAUCAGGUAAAGACUGGUGGUACAUGGGAGAAAAAUGUGAGAGGAAGGUCUCCAUCAAGGAAGUCAUAAUUAUAGAAGUUCUAUGCCCUGCAGUUGUGUUUGUUGCUAUGCUGACAGUGCAUCUUGUGAGUGUCGACUAUGUUAAGAAGAAAUACAGCCUAAAGAGCAAUGUCAAUACCAUAAAGCUUACCAUAAAGCAAAACAACCAAUUUUGUCAACAGACUUAUCAUCUUGGAGAUAAAAUGUACCUGAAAAUUUUAUGGAGUUUACAAAUUGUUUUAUGGAUGUCAAAUCUGAGGCUGAGAGAUUUCACAGAGGCCGACAGCGGAUACAAUGAGUAA